GAGGACGCGCAAGUGAGACGCAUUAGCUGCUUUGAUAUGUGGAUGUUUUGAUAUUUUCGAUCUUUGGCGUUUGCAGUAACGCGGAAACGCACAGCCAUACCAUGGAGCACACUGAAUCUCUGCUCCCUGUGGAUGCCGUGACAUUUGAGGAUGCAAAGAAGACAUUAUUCGCAAGAGGAGAUGAUGUAGAACUUGAAUUCGCCUUGAAUGAGACUGUUGCACCAAGCCACUUACAUGACAUAAGGGUCUACCGGCACAGGUUCUGUGAUCCAGCAGAUUCUGUCCUGGAGCUUCCUUUCUCACUCUGGCUUCGAAACAGUGAAACCGAACGUUUCAAAAUUACCUUCAAUGUGGACCUGCUAGAGCCAAAUGGGAUAUACCAGGCCUGUUACGUGGCUGAUGGUAAAAUUCUCGGAAGAAGUGCGCUUUUCAGAUCUCCUUGUAGUGAAGCAACAGAGUCUGAUGAUGGAGACGAGCUGGUAGUCCUCCGUCCAUGUGAAGUUAGGGAGCAAGAAAUGCAGGGGCAGAAUCUCGAGUUCCAGAAAAGCCGUUGCAAGCAUCUGCUGGCCCACACAGAGGCAUUACACAGUGUCAUUAGAAGCACAAAUAGUCGUCUCAUCGAAGAAAAAGUAUACAGUAAAGAGCUUCAAAAGACUAUACGUGUCCUGGUGGGAGAAAAAGAUAAAGCUGCAGAUGAAAUAGCCAUGUUGCAACAAGAACUCAUCAAUUCGCAGGCUUCCCUGAAAGAAAAAGAUGAUGUAAUAGCAUCCCUAAAAAAUAAAGCCACAGAGAGAGAGAACAAGCUUGCAGCUCUGAAGUCGGAGAUGAAACUCCGGGUUGGCAUUCUGGAAGAGGAGACACUUUCUCUUCAGCGACAAGUUAAGGAGAGCAAUGAACGCUACAGGAAACUGAGGGAUGAGUAUGAUCUAAGUCAGAUGCAUUUGGAGAAUGCAAAAGAACGUUUGGAGGCCCAUGAGAGUACAAAGCAGCUGCUUCAUGCAGAGCUUGUCACCAUGAAGGAAUUUAAAGCUCGGAUGUCAGAGAAACUUGUUGGAUUGACGACUGAAAAUGAAGAACUGAGAAAUGCUGUUGAAAAGCUGUCAUUCAGAGCAGAGACCGCCGAUGCUGUAGUUGAGGCAAAUGCUGGUACAGAGCUGUCCAAUGAGGUGAACAACAAUGUCAUGGAUAACCCUGCUGUGUUGGAGCUGCAAGAGAGAGUACAAGAACUUGUUGACAGACUGAACGCUGCUGCAGGAGAAUAUACGAAGCUUUACAAGGAUAAUAAACGACAAGAAAGGCUGCUCUUUCGCUAUCGUCACAUGGAGAAAGAGAAUAAUCCUGUCACAUUUUCUUGCACAUCCCUUAUUACUGAGCCCAGGAAGAUUUCCCUUAUGGACCCCAGCAUACUCCAGCCUGAGUUGAAGCCUAUUCGUGACCUACGGUUGCCUUUAGAGGACUCCAACAUCCAAUGUGGCAUAGUCCUAGACUCAACUCCUGUAUCUAGUGCUUCCACAUCAAGCUGCAAGGCAUGUCCACCAACGGUACCAAACUUUGUUGCAUCUAAUCCCAGCAGCCAGUGCUCUGGAGGGGCUCGUCCGAAGGAGAGCUCUCAACAUGUAGGACCAACUGCACUGUUGCGUGAUCGAAUCAAGGGGUCUGUACCUCCAAUACCUUGUGGCAAGUGGUCCAUAUUGCGAAGGUCUGGCCAUGUACCUCAGAUCCCAGUGACACCUGGAAAAAGAAUUCGUUGCUCCCUGAAAGAAAGAAGGUCAAGUCUUCCACUGUUAUCCACUGGUCUCAAUAGAACAUCAGAGACCAGAACAUUGUGUGUGGGGAAAAGGCCUGAGUUGACGACACUGACACAGAAAGCUCAAGAUGCAUGUGGUGAUGCAGUGCCAAGCCCUAAAGGGGUUACAUGUGAGCACCUUAAGGACCACAGCUUUGUAGCAAUUCCAAUGCCAGAACUAGGAAGUGAAGACCACCCUGCCAGUGAUGCCAUGAAGAAGACGAAUUGCCCAGUCUGCUCUGAAGAAUUGCCACAUCUGGAAAAACACUUGAGGGAAAACCAUGGUCAACAGCCGUGCCCAGUGUGCGGUCAACUGUUUCAGAUAUUUCUUCCACCAACAUACCUUCAAAUCCACGUGGACAACCACUUUGCUCCUGAGCUACAAAGUCAUGCUGUCCAGUAAGACAGGAGUAUGCAUAUCCUCUCAGUUCACCUCAUGUAAUGCAACUGUUCUAUGGUUUCUCUAAGGUCUAGCUAUAUCAUGUAUUUUGUGUUUAUCUUGAGUAUUCAUGAAUAAGGCAAUGAUAUUCAAAGGCUACUGUACUGAUCUAUAAUUGUCAGUGUUCCUUCACUAGAGGACAGAUAAAAAUCGUCUGCAUGAUAGACUACUGUAAUAGCGUACUACGUUCCUAUGCUGAACAUUUUCAUUAGAAUGGGAAGCAGAUUUCUGGAAAACAAAGUAAUGCAGCCGCUGUCAUACCCUAUGAUUAUAUUUUCAGAAUUUAUAACCAAUCUAGAUAUGCACAGGAAUUGAAGGCAGUAUCCCUCUUAUUGGUUUGAAGUCAUGAUGAAGAGGGGCCAACAUACAGAACAGCACUGCAGAGAUGGUUACUAACAGCUUGUGUUAUUGGAUCAUAUGACAACAACCAAUUUGGAUAAUGUGUUGCAUGUUUCCUAGUAAGAGUUUGUGGCAAACGGGUCUUGGUGCACUGGUCAGAGAUUAUCAAUAGGUACUGGAGCGAAUGCCUUCCCUAUUGGUCGGGAGCAUGAUACACUGCGACCAAGAGGGACGUUGCACCCCAUUUCUGUAGUACCAUCUGGUAUCAUGUUGUACUAUGUGAAGUAUGAGGUUGUGGCAGCUUUAAUGGACAGAGGGUGAUAUAUGCAAAAGCCACGCAAUGAAGCAACUAAUCCGAUGCCCACGACCUGCUGUAGGAAAGUGUUUGUUAGGGUGAGAUUAACGGAAAUCUGCAGGUGCACAGGAAUAAUGCUGCUCUGAGGUGUAACACAUAAUCCGAGCAAAUAAUUUAGGAUACAAGAAUGACGACAGUGUUGUGUGUCAGUAGGUGUGUGCUUACUGUUCCAUACCAAAAGAAAGCCACAGCAUUGUGUUGCCUGUGAAAGUGAACCCGAGGAAGAUGGUUUAGUGGUUAGUUAUAGGCUGAUCAGCAAGCGUAAAGCAUUUAUUUGUACGAAGCAUUAUUUGUGUGUUUUUAAAAAGUGGAUGCUUUCGCCAGGCAGUUACCCCCUCCCCCUCCUUAACUGCUCUCAAAAGUCAUGGAGUACAAAUUCCACUGCCCUAUUACCAACACAUAAGCGCACACUAAUAGUAUUUAGGUCUAGGCACAAAUGACAUGGAUUAUGGUUGCUUACUUUUUAUGCAUACGACAUCAAGGCUUCACAAUUUCAAAAAAUGCUAAGGUGCACAUUUGAAAUGAGGGUGUAUAAUCUUGUCCCAAUCAUGUUACAAGACAGUUUUAUGUGCCAUACAGGAGCAAAUUUUCAAGGCACAGGUCGAGAAAUUUACUAUUUCACACACAUUGCAGAUCAGUUUCACAAGUACACAUUGCGAACCUUACAGUGGUGUCCAAACUUGAAUACUAUUCUGCCUUAAUUGUAUUUCCAUAUAUACCCACAUAAGGCUUUUUUUGUUAGUGUUUCAUUCUGCAUCCACUACAUACUUGGGCACCAAAAGUAAUGAGAAAUUUAGUUGUAACAGUUCACUACAUGGCUUUCAUUUAGCAGUUGUUAGCACAGACAGUUUGAAAUUAUAAUAUUUGACGAUAAUAAUGCUCUGGCAGCAUUUUCUUCUUUUUUAUGCAAUGUGUAGUGAGGGACGAGAGAGAGAGGGAAACUUCAUGUUUAAGCUAAUGCUUGUUUUCCUUAGGGGGUAGGGGGCGAUUGCACUCCCCUCUGGAUCCGCCACUUGUCCUGCAACAUAAGAAUGAUCGCCUGUAAUUAGAGAGCAGGACUGUUGCAAAAUUUUUAUUACCACACAGAACAUAGCUAAUGUGUCCACCCUUAAGAUCGGUUCACGCUUCUUACGACACCCCUGAAAGUACUAGCAAAAAAGGCCAGCAAAGCCAGCAAAUACGGGUGUCACACACCCCUAUACAAUUUCAACAUGCCCCCGAGUUGAAAAUCCUGCACAAAUCCCUCUCUAGGCACCAUCACCCCUGCAGACAGUGCUGCAGUAGAGGCCAGUUACGUAUAACAUACAUACCAUAUUAUACUUCAGUGACAUGCUGUAUAAUGAUUUUGUAUCAUAGGACGGUGAUAUUGUGUGUACCUUACAUAUAGCUAUAAACACAACGACUUGCUUUAAUGCCCAUCACUUAGUGCACUGGUGAUGCAUUUUGGACUACUCAUGUUGGGAUAAAUUCAUUUAAUUUGUUCCAUGGGUAUCAAUAAAGUUUUCAAUCACGUC